AUGGAGUAUUAUUACUCAAUCUGUAGGUUUCCAAGGGUUGUUAUUGUUUCGGGUCAGCGUACUUCUCGCACACUCUGUUAUGCGAAGAAUCUGUCAGUUGAUGAUCGGAUGCUACACUAUGUUAUCUGUCAUGUUUUUUUGCCAAAGGACUCAAAUCUUUCUCAAAUCAAUGACUUAGAGAUGCAGGUUAUGUUUGCUGUGAAGAACAAGAUCAAAGUUAAUUGGCUUCCAACUAUGUUGUACCAUCUCAAACAACAACUCACCCUAAAAACUAGGCUGCCCUAUGGUCGUCUUAUUUCAAGAAUUUUGGAAUCUACCGACAUGGAAAUCGGAAGAGAACCGUUCUUUGCAAUGACCACAACCGCAAAUGAGAUCAACGGAGUUACAAUCAUGAAGAAUACCGGCAUAGUUCAAUGCAAUGACGGAUCGUAUAAAUAUGAUGACGGGUCCUCUUUGUCGCAACCUGAAAAAUACAAUAAUAGUUAUUUCACUUGCAACAAGCGUUACUUCUUCCACUCUUUCAACUUCCAUUCACGCAAGCAUCCUCUCAGAGAAAUUUUUAAUUUCGUCUCUAAGAUACUCAUCAUGUCUCAACAAUCCAACUCUUCUCCUUCCAAGAAUAUGCCUUGUUCUCCUAGCGCUGAACCAAGCAACCCUAACAGAGAAGAUCCUGUUGCUGACUCUGUGAAUACCCCACAUGCAAGAAGACCUAAAGAAACUGUAUCAGGCUUCUCCUCAUCCAUCGUUCUUGAGGAACGAACCAAAGAAGGUUCCAGGUAUGUUCACAAUUCCAUUGCCACUAUAGUGACUGGAAUACUGUCUGGAAAUCAUGAGGUCCCUGGGGUUUCCAUUCCCUUAAACACUAUUGAACCUGAUAGUGUUGCUGAUCAAGAAAAUACUGAGUCUUUAGGAAAGAAUAUCUAUGAUGAUGUUGAGCAAACUGAUGCCCAUAAGGAGUCAAAUGUUGACAAACCCUUAGAUAAUGUGGCUGGUGAGGAAGUUCAUGUCACUCAUGAUGUCAGUGACAACCCUAACUGUGAGGCUGAAACAGUAGACCUGGAGGAAUUUUCUGAUAAUGAGUUGUUCUCCUCUGUCCUCCCUAGCAUAGCCAAAAGGGUUAGGACUAGGAGAGAAAAGAAAACUGUGGCUCAAAGGUGGAAAUAUGUUUAUCAGAAGAGGCUGGCUUUGGAAAGGGAAUUAGCUCAGAAUGUCCUAGACUGUAAGGAUAUUAUGGAUCUUAUUCAAGAGGCUGGUUUAAUGAAGACUGUGACUCAGUUUUCAAAGUGCUAUGAGAUGUUGGUAAAGGAAUUUAUUAUUAAUUUGUCUGAAGAAUAUGUUGAUGACAAGUCUAAGGAAUUCAGGAAAGUGUAUGUGAGAGGCAAGUGUGUAAAUUUCUCUCCUUCAGUGAUCAACAAGUAUUUGGGAAGGCCUGAUGAAGCUCAACCUGAGCUUGAGGUAAGGAAGUGGCCUCUCAAAGGAAAAUUGGUGGCAAGUAAACUGAGUGUCAAGUAUGCAAUGCUGCACAAGAUUGGAGCUGCUAACUGGGUGCCCACCAAUCAUAAAUCUACAGUUGAUGUAAUGCUUGGAAAGUUUAUAUAUGAUGUUGGAACCAAAGCCAAAUUUGACUAUGGCUCCUAUAUUUUUGAUCAAACUUUGAAGCAUGCAGGAAGUUUCAGUGUGAAGGGUCCUAUAGCCUUUCCUUCUCUCAUCUGUGGUAUUGUUUUGAAUCAAUUUCCAAACAUCUUAACUGAGAAUGAUUCUGUGAAGAAAAGAGACAACCCUAUGUCUUUUAAUCAUAAGUUGUUCCUAGGUAUCCAUAUCCCUGACAUUGUCAUGACAUCAGGUGAGACAUCACGUGUAAGCAAUCAGCCAGGUAAAGUUACUGUCAUUGCAAUGCUCAAAGAAACCUGCAGGGAAUUAGAGGCAAGGAAGCUGAACUUGGAAAAAUUGAUUAGCUCUUUGGACAUGACUGAAGGUGAUGUGCUAGCUGAUGGUGGAGAAUUUGGUGAAGCUGCUGCUGUUGCAGAAGAAGCUGAAAGACAAGGUGAAGAGGGAGAAGCAGAUGCCAGUCCUGAUGAUGGCACAAAUGAUGAUGCUGACUCUGAGUCAGAUGACUAG